UACGGCAUACCGUAUUCCGUUCCGUCCAGUGUGACUACACGUGAAGGCAGGGAGACGCUAGGUUUAAGUUGUGUUUCUAGGACAGCGGGGGCAGACGGAGGCCGGCAGGAUGCUGUAUCUGAUCGGCCUGGGUCUGGGGGACGCGGCGGACAUCACGGUAAAGGGUCUGCAGGCGGUGAGGAGCUGCUCCAGGGUCUACCUGGAGGCCUACACCUCCAUCCUCACCGUGGGGAAGGAGGCUCUGGAGGAGUAUUAUGGGAAGGAGCUUAUCCUGGCUGACAGAGACCUUGUUGAACAGGGGGCUGAUGAGAUCCUGAAGGAUGCUGAUGUGACCGAUGUGGCGUUCCUGGUGGUGGGCGACCCGUUCGGAGCCACCACCCACAGUGACCUGGUCUUGAGAGCAGUGAGUUCUGGGAUACCGUACAGAGUCAUCCACAACGCCUCCAUUAUGAACGCAGUGGGCUGCUGCGGUCUGCAGCUGUAUAAUUUCGGGGAGACGGUGUCGUUGGUGUUUUGGACGGACACGUGGAGACCAGAGAGCUUCUAUGACAAAAUCUGUAAAAACAGAACAGCUGGACUGCACACACUCUGUCUGCUGGACAUUAAAGUCAAAGAGCAGAGCGUAGAGAACAUGAUGAGAGGGAAGAAGAUCUACGAGCCUCCUCGCUUCAUGACGGUCAGUCAGGCUGCAGAUCAGCUGAUUCAGAUCAUCCAGAGGAGGAGGAAGGAGGGGGCGGAGCUAGGUAUGACAGAGGACACGGUGUGUGUGGGCGUGGCCCGGCUUGGCGCCGACGACCAGGCCAUCCGCACAGCGACAUUGCGUCAGCUGGUGUCAUGUGACCUCGGCGGUCCGCUCCAUUCGCUGGUCGUCACCGGUCGACUCCACCCGCUGGAAGUGGACAUGCUGCGAGUGAACGCAGAACCAAACGCACUGGAUCAGCUGCUCGUGGUCGACAGCUCCACCUCCUGCUCCUAACGGUCCUCACGGUCCUCAAACAUCAAUACACUGCAGGACUCAAUCGUCAUAAUAAACACUUGUUGUUGUUUGUCUGGUGUGAUGUCAUCAAUAAAGAGAUCAAUAAUCAGAGAAACAGAA